GUGGAGAUGCACACAGCCGAAUUUCGGCCGCUAAGUCCAAAUCAGGGCAGCUUAUUUCCCCUUCAAUUUCGCCGGACCGGGGAUCUCGAUGGCGGAGGAAUCUCGAUCGCUGUGCGUUACAUAAUAUGUGCUGACGGAGCGGGUGAGUCUCAGUGUGAGCAGCCUCCAUUGCACUCCGCCGACUCACCUGCUCGCAUCCUACCCAACACCAGCAGCGCCGGAGCUCAUGUCAGCUCAGACUGCUGCAUCGUCUCCCAACACAGCCGAGGACCUCGCACGAUUUCGUGAAGAAUGGAAGGAGGAAGUGCGCAGGAAGAAGGCGGCAGCACACGCUGGUCCCUCCAAACCCGAAGGACCGUCGGAUACUGCGCCUUCGCAGCAGAAUGGCCCAGAGGCUCUUCAGAAGGAUAAGUCACCCGACGUACCACAGACCGCGGUGCAUCCCGCUAAGGCCUAUCAUCCCGUCCAUGUUCCCCGAUUCACGGACACGACGUCUGCGCCGCUUGGCCCGAAGCUCCAGAGGGCAGUGGAGGUCUACCGGCGCGCCGUGCUCUGCGAGCAGCAGAGCAACCUCGACGAGGCCCUCGCACUCUACCGCACAGCGUUCCGCAUGGACUCCAACGUCGACCGCGCAUACCACAAGAUCGAGGCGCAGUUCUAUGUCAAUCCUAUUCCUCCUGCCGCUCAGAAGCCCGGACAGGCCUCGUCAAGCUCCAAGAGACACUCUUUGGACGACAUUGUGCACAACUGGAAGGCGCUGGACGUUCAUUCUGCUGUUGUCCAAGCCAAGGAGGGAGAUGCGGUGCCGCAGGGCUCCCUUGCUAGCAUCAUGACUGAGUGGCCACACGAUCUAGAGUUCUUGCCAGAGGAUGAACGGGAGCCUGCUUGGAUACAAAGGCUCCCGAUCGAGGUGCUGCUUGUCGUCUUGCGCAAACUCGACACAACCACACUAGAACGAUUCGCCUUGGUUAGCCGUCGAGCUCGAGCACUGACAAUAGACACGAGCAUCUGGAGGGAAUUCGUGGAGGCUAUCUACAAGCCUCCACAACUGCCCGACAUUGAGGAGCUGGCCGUUCUGCUGAACGACUUCCAGGGAGACCAUAGGCGGCUGUACAUUGAGCAGCCUCGUAUUCGCUUGGACGGUGUCUACAUUGCAAUAUGUCAUUACACUCGAACUGGAGUCAGCGAGACCUCGUGGAUCAACCCCGUACACAUGGUACAAUACCACCGAUUCUUGCGGUUCUAUCCCGACGGGCAGGUAAUCUCCCUGCUGUCUUUGGCCGAACCGCGGGAGAUCAUCCCAAUUCUGAAGCCCACACUGCACAUCAAGGGCCUGAGCCUCGGCAGCUGGCGAUUGACCGGCACGACGGUGCACAUCGAGUCUCUGAUCGACCCACGGCCUUCAGGCUCAACGAACCGACACGCCUUCCAGAUGACGUUGGAGCUGCGGUCGCGGCCGCUGGGCCGCUGGAACCGGCUGAACUUCCUGGCGUACGACUCGGUGAACCUUGAGAGCGGGAAGGUGUCGCCGGUGCCGCUGAAGCACGACCGGGGCUACCAUUUUUCGAAAGUGCGGUCGUACUGAGUGUGGAUGUAUAUUAGUAGCUAGAAUGGCAUCAGAGGUUGCGCGCGGA